GUUCAGCUGAAGCUUUCUUUUGUGUCCUGCUGAUCCAGUUUGGACAGCAUACUGUCAGCAGUUGAGGCCAGGGCAGUUUCUUGCCCAGUGGCUAACUUUGCCACAAAUGAAAGCAAACUCUAUGUGGAGGUUCUCUAAUGUCCAUGAUACUUUUUUGAACUAGAUUGGUGCUGCAGGGAGCAGACGUGUCUCACUGUCAUGAAAAAUCUAUGUUAUCAAAACGUCUUUUUGGGGCAGGUGAAUCCCCCGUGUGCAGAGGGUGCGGAGGCAGAGGUUGUCGGGCAAAGCGGGCGAGGCCACCUCCUCCCCUCCAAAGCCAAGGCUUCCAAACUCCUGUGCUGCAGUCAUCCUCGGACCACCCGACUUGGGUUAAGGGCACCGUAUGCUAGAGGAUGCCCAGAACUUUGGCCUCCAGCAUCUCUCCAGCGGCCACUUCUUGCGGGAGAACCUCAAGGCCAGCAUGCAAGUUGGUGACACGGCAAAGCAGUACCUACAAAAAGGUCUUUUGGUUCCAGAUCAUGCGAUCACACGACUAAUGGUGUCAGAACUGGAGACCCGGAGCACACAGCACUGCCUACUAGAUGGCUUCCCGAGGACAUUAGAACAGGUAGAAGAAGAAGCCUUGGACAGAAUCUGUGACCUAGUGAUCAAUUUGAAUAUUCCCUUUGAGACACUUAAAGACCUUCUGAGCCGACGAUGGAUUCACCCUUCUAGCGGGAGUGUCUAUAAUCUGGACUUCAACUUACCUCAAGUGCUGGGGGUUGAUGACAUUACUGGUGAGCCACUUGUCCAACAGGAAGAUGAUAAACCUGAAGCAGUUGCUGCCAAGCUACGGCAGCUCAAGGAUGCGGCAAAACCAGUCAUCGAACUAUACAAGAGCCAAGGGGUGCUCCACCAGUUCUCUGGGACGGAGACUAACAAAAUAUGGCCUUAUGUUUACACACUUUUCUCAAACAGGAUCACACCUAUUCGAUCCAAAGAAGCAUACUGAGCCUGCCAUCGGAAAAACCAAGAAGACAUGGUUGUUCACUCAAUCAUGCGAUUCGUCCUGGUGCCCUGGCCAAAUUAGAAGCUAGCUGAGAUAGCUUGCAGCAUCUUUUCUAGUUUAAGUGAUGAAGGAAGGAGGAAAACCUAGUGGGUAGAAAAAAUUCACGAAGAAGAAAUGCUCCUCCUGCCUUUGAAAAGAAGCUGUAGCUCUCCCAGUGGGAAAGCAAGUCUAGACUGGAUGUCCACCGGCACUGAGCCUACACUCUCAUGGGUUGACAGCCAUAUGCUGCUAUCCUAGCCUUUUUGCAUGCAAAGGUGGUGGAAUCCUUGGUUCAUGCCACCUUCCACAGGCUGUUGAACCACAGUACUAUAAGCCUGAGAACUUGGAGGGCUGUGGUUCCAGCUUGUCCCCUGCCAUAUCCUCUUGAUGACAAUUGAAUUGAUGCUAAUUGCACUCAGCGACUGUUUCUCCCUCCCAUCUUAGUCAUCCUAGUUUCUGCUGACUGUGUCUUUUCUCAUCCGCUUGCUCUCUUCAUAUGCUACUCAGUAACAUGCUAGUUUCUGCAUUUUUCCCUCUAACUUCCUUCUACAAGCUGAGAACUUGUAGAAGGGGACUAGAUUCAGGGGACUAGAUUCAGUCCCUUCGUACUUGGAACUGAGCCAGGCUGCUCUGCCUAUCUUGAACCCACUCUGUACCUUUCAUUGUUUAAAAAAGAUUCCCCGAAGUCUCUGGGAGUUCUCAAAAGAAAUGUGGGAUGAUCACAUCUUCUGUAUAGAAGUAAUUGUAUGGAAAUCAUUGGACCAAUGCCAUGGGUUAGGCUUCUUUACUCAAGGCAAGAUGAGUAUUGAACUUGCUGCUAAAUAUUAAUGAUGACAGUGUUGUCCUUCUGUGAGUGAUACAAGCAGAUGGUAAGAAGUCAGUAAAGGGAUGGUAAAAGUCAGUAAAGCCUGUAGGCGUGGAGCAUUCUGCACUAGAUUUCCAUUGCAUCUGCAUUGAGAACUCAUUGUGGGAACUCAGAAUCUUUCUGUUUUCUUCCUAUUCCAAAGAUGCAGUCUAUAGGUGGCCAUAAAGUCCAGAAAUGAAGAUGCUAAUAUUUUGUCAAUCAUCACAUGUCAAUAAAGCAUUUGUUAAAAGACAAAAAACAAACAAACA